CCACGUGAGUUGUACACAACUAACUGCAGAUACAACAACAAUACAAUAGCAAUUGCAUUGAAAUUUAAAUUAAGAUCGAGAUUGACAGACAACACUAAGACACUAAGAUGCGAUAUAAGGUAAACGACCCAGAGAACAAUGAAAGGAACCCCGAGGAAGCCAAACAGUCGGACGUUCCUUGGUAUACAUGGGACGAGAAAAAAUCACGGAAAGAAACCCGAUUGGUAAUAGUGGUAGGCUUGUUAGUAGUUGCGGUGAUUGCAUUAGUCGCAACGUUGACCUUGCAAAUGGCAGUUUUCCGUAAAGAAGAAUAUAAAGAGAUGUGCCAGAGUGAUGAGUGUAUUAAAACAGCCGCAAGGAUAAUCGAGGCUAUAAAUAAAACCACAGAUCCGUGUGAUGAUUUCUACAAGUUUGCAUGCGAGGGAUGGAUUGCGAGGCAUCCUAUUCCACAAAGUCAAACUUCUUGGGAUCAGUUAAGCCUUCUUCGUGAGGAUUUACUUCAAAACUUGAGGGUACUUUUAGAAGAACCUGACAAAAAUAAUGAUCUAAGACCGGUUAAACUUGCUAGAAAACUUUACAAAACGUGCAUGGACACAGCAAAGGUCGAAAGUCUUGGAUUAACACCAAUGUAUAAAGUUCUAAAAAAACUAGGACUUCCGAAAGAGCCGAUAUUUGAUGAUGAACUAAUUGACCUUGACUGGUCUACUAUAGCUGGUACUGCGCAGAGAUAUUUAGGACUCAAUCUUUUUUUAAAUUUUUACAUUAGCGAGGAUGUAAGAAAUACUUCAAGAAACCGCAUGAUGAUGGAACAAGUAUCACCAGGGUUUAGUGAACGUUAUCUUUUAGAUCCAAUAAGAUUUGAGUCCGAAUUGACUGAGUAUAAGCACUACGUCAAGUCUAUGGUAGAAUUAGCGGGAGUUGGAGACAAAAGUGCAAGCUUUGCCAAUGAAAUUCUAAAUAUAAGCACUAAGAUCGCUAAAAUUAUGGAAACGCCAGAAGAAAGGAGAAGCUCUAAUCAUUUACUUCAUGACGUUAGUAUUGAUGAACUUCAACAAUUGACGGAUCUUCAUGCCGUCAAGUGGAAUUGGACGCGAUAUGUUGAUGCUGUUUUUGAGAACACAGACGUUGAAAUUGACGCUAUUACGGAUCGUGUUAUCAUAAUGGAUUUGCUGUACUUGCAGAAGCUACCACUGCUUUUAGAUGAUACACCUCCUGCUACUAUUGCUCGUUACGUUUGGUGGAGCGUGUAUUCAACAAUUGCGCCUUUGACAUUACAAAAGUUUCGUGACCUUGGUUUUCAAUUUUCACAAAAAGUAUAUGGUCUUAAGGAAAAAACUCCAAGAUGGAAAGGAUGCACGGGAAAUGUGAAUUCUAAUUUUGGAAUGGCUCUCACUUAUUUAUAUGUACAAAGACACUUUAAUGAGCAGGCCAAAGAAAAGGCAUUAGAGAUGUUAUUAGAUAUUCGAGCGGCAUUUGACGAAAUGGUUACUGAAUUGGAGUGGAUGGAUAUCGGUACACGAGCGAGAGCACAUAAAAAAUUAAAUGCAAUGAGACCUUUCGUAGGAUUUCCUGAGUGGAUUAUGGAUCCUCAAAAGUUGGAUGAAUUUUAUGAUGGGGCUGAAGUAAUUGAAGGACAACUAUUUGAUACAUUUCUAAAACUUACUGACGUCGGCACGAACAAAACACUUAGUAGUCUGAAAGAAAAACCUGAUAAAGACCGUUGGAUUUCCACUGGCACAACUGUUAAUGCUUUUUACAGCGCAAUUUUAAAUUCAGUCACAUUCCCAGCCGGAAUUCUUCAUCCACCUUUCUAUGGAAAUGGAUUAGAAUCUAUCAAUUAUGGAGCGAUGGGAGCGAUAAUGGGUCACGAACUGACACAUGGAUUCGACGAUCAAGGUCGUAGAUAUGACGAGAAUGGCAAUCUACGUCAGUGGUGGAGUGAUGAGACAUUGCAACAUUACCACGAGAAAGUUGAGUGUAUCAUUAAACAAUAUAGUAACUAUCAUUUGCCGGAGCUUAGUAAUAAUUUUACGGUCAAUGGAAUAAACACCCAAAGUGAGAAUAUUGCUGACAAUGGAGGUAUCCGCGAGGCUUAUCGAGCGUACAAGAGAUUGAAAGCUAGAAAUUCAAGUCCUCAAGCUCUACCUGGCCUAGCUGAUUAUUCACAAGAUCAACUAUUCUUUCUGGGAUUCGCUCAAAUAUGGUGUGGAAACUAUACCAAUGGCGCUUUAAAGUCCAAACUUAUUGAGGGAGCUCACGCACCCAAUCAUUUCCGUGUGAUUGGUACACUUUCAAAUAAUUUAGAUUUUGCUAAAGCUUGGAAAUGUCCUUUGGGGAGUCCCAUGAAUCCUCCACAGAAAUGUGUGCUUUGGUAAUUGUGUUUUAGAAGUUUAUAAUAAGGACCAAUUGUACAUAAACGUGA